AUGUCUGUAGACCCUCGACGUGCCCGCCUUCAGGCACGCACACAGACUCCUCAACCUGCCGCAUCAAUUUCACAACCUCCUCCCGCUCCUCCCGUGGCUUCAGUGCCUGUACCAGCUGAACCGUCAGUCCAGCCAGGACUUACAACAUCGCCAUUUCUCGACGGCAAUGUCGACUCGCCGCCGAGAACUGCCAGCACAUUAAUAGCACCAGCACCCGCUCCGCCCGAAGCACCCUCCUCUGCCGACGAUGUUCCCUUCAAGUUAAAAUUCUGCACCGUCUGUGCUUCCAACAACAACCGCUCCAUGGAGGCACACCUCCGCCUCUCCACGUCCUCGCACGCCUAUCCUGUAAUAUCCUUCGGCACCGGAUCCUACGUCCGCCUCCCUGGGCCUAGCAUCUCGCAGCCGCAGGUGUACAACUUCAACACGACUAGUUACGCCAAGAUGUACGAGGACCUUAACGCGCAGGACGCGCGGCUAUAUAGGAACAAUGGCAUCUUGAAUAUGCUGGAUCGGAACCGCAAGAUCAAGUGGGGCCCGGAACGGUUCCACGACUGGGUCGUCGGAAACCCAAGGAUAGAAGCCCUGAAUCGCGGGGACAAAGGCGCCAUGGGUGCAGAAGGUGGUGUGGUUGACGUGAUUUUCACAUGUGAGGAACGAUGCUGGGAUGCCGUCGUGGACAACCUUUUAGAUCGCGGGGCACCCUUGAACAGACCGGUACAUGUAUUCAACAUCGACAUCAAAGACAAUCACGAGGAAGCGCUGGUGGGAGGCGGAGCCAUCUUGGAGCUGGCAGACAGUCUCAAUGAAGCAGCGAUUCAGGAGCGGAAGAUGAACGGCGCACAGGGUUGGGAGAACGGCACGGGGGCUGCGAGAAUGAGCUUCGAUGAGAAGGUACCCGAGAUCCUGGCUAGGUGGCAGGAGCGGUGGCCAAACUUGCCGGCUUUGUGGACGCUGUCGUGGUUCUGA